CUCUGAAAAUGGCAGAAGCUCAUCAAGCAGUAGCUUUUCAAUUUACAGUAACUCCAGAUGGGAUUGACCUGCGAAUGAGCCAUGAGGCACUCAAACAAAUUUACCUGUCUGGUGUCCAUUCAUGGAAGAGAAAGUUUAUCAGAUUCAAGAAUGGAAUCAUCACUGGUGUUUAUCCCGCUAGCCCAUCUAGCUGGCUUAUUGUAGUUGUGGGUGUGAUGUCAACGAUGUAUGCCAAAAUCGAUCCUUCUUUAGGAAUAAUAGCUAAAAUCAACCAAACACUCAAUACAACUGGCUAUAUGUCAAACCAAACACAGAACAUCGUGAGUGGAAUACUUUUUGGCACAGGGCUUUGGGUUGUCCUUAUUGUCACAAUGCGCUACUCUCUGAAAAUGCUGCUUUCCUAUCAUGGUUGGAUGUUCGGUGAACACGGCAAACUCUCCGCAGGCACCAAGUUUUGGAUGGCACUUGUAAAACUCUUCUCAGGACGUAAACCCAUGUUAUACAGUUUCCAGACGUCUUUGCCACGAUUGCCAGUUCCAGCUGUUAAAGACACAGUCAGUAGGUAUCUGGAAUCAGUUCGUCCACUUAUGGAUGAUGAAGAGUUCAGAAGAAUGGAGGGUCUUGCCAAAGAUUUUGCAUUUAAUUUGGGACCAAGGCUUCAGUGGUAUUUGAAGCUAAAAUCUUGGUGGGCCACGAACUAUGUUAGUGAUUGGUGGGAAGAAUAUAUCUACCUGAGAGGACGUGGACCGAUUAUGGUUAAUAGUAACUAUUUUGCAAUGGACUUCCUUUAUUUAUCUCCCACAACUCUGCAGGCAGCUAGAGCGGGUAACGUUAUCCAUGCUAUCCUGCUCUACCGGAAAAAACUGGACAGACAAGAAAUCAAGCCAAUUCUUCUGCUGGGAUCUACUAUUCCACUCUGCUCAGCUCAGUGGGAGCGGAUGUUUAACACCUCCCGUGUCCCAGGAAAGGAAUCAGAUACUCUCCAGCAUGUGAAAGACAGCAAGCACAUUGUUGUGUAUCAUAAGGGCCGUUACUUCAAAGUGUGGCUGUACCAUGAUGGCAGGCUGUUGAAACCCCGAGAAAUUGAACAGCAGAUGCAAAGAAUUCUUGAUGAUGAUUCAGAGCCUCAGGCUGGUGAAGAGAAACUAGCAGCUCUUACUGCCGGAGAUAGAGUACCAUGGGCUACAGCUCGGCAGGCUUAUUUUAGCAGUGGAAAGAACAAACAGUCCUUAGAUGCUGUUGAAAAAGCAGCAUUUUUUGUGACAUUGGAUGACGUCGAGCAAGGGUACAGGAAAGAAGAUCCAGUGAGGUCACUGGAUGCAUAUGCAAAAUCCUUAAUACAUGGCAAAUGUUAUGACAGGUGGUUUGAUAAAACAUUCACUCUUAUAGUAUUCAAAAAUGGCAAAAUAGGUCUGAAUGCAGAGCACUCUUGGGCAGAUGCUCCUAUUGUUGGACACCUGUGGGAGAAUGUAAUGGCAACUGAGUAUCUUGAACUGGGCUACUCAGAAGAUGGGCAUUGCAAAGGAGAUAGCAAUCAAAACAUUCCUCUUCCUACCAAACUACAGUGGGAAAUUCCAGAAGAA